GCCAGAAGGUAAACAACAGCUGAUCAGUCACCCCACCGCCGAACAACAGCUGAUCAGUCACCCCACCGCCGAACAACAGCUGAUCAGUCGCCCCACCGCCGAACAACAGCUGAUCAGUCACCCCACCGCCGGUCAGUGUGGUGUAUCGGUGGUCUGACACUAUAAAGUCAAGAGGAGGUGUACUCUUAGGGUCGAUUAUCAUGUAUUCACUUUCACGGGUAGCAGCACGAUGUCUAGCUACAGCACAGCGGUCACUCUCCUCCUCCAUUCAGACAUGUGGCAGGAUCGAGACGGAACCUCCUUAUUUAGAUGCAGGGGGGCCAGAUGUACCGGAUUAUUCUCUAGUCAAUGUACAAAUGAAGGGCUACGACUUCACUGUGUUGGAACAUUAUGCCAGAUGGGUCCACAAAACAGCCCUCAACAUGGGCUUUGAUGUUGAAGACAGCUGGGCAACUCCCUGUAAGAAGCUCCUCAUUCAGAACUACAGACCCAACACUUCCAAAGUGGAAGCUGAAUACAAUUUCAACAUUUAUGAACGAACUGUACAGCUGGCUGACUUACCUUCCACCAUGGCUCCUCUCUUUAUUGAAGUGGUCCAGGCAGGACUACCCCAGGGUGUAGAAAUUAAUGUUCAUGAACACAUGCCAGAAUACACAGAGGUGCGAUACAUCCCAGACCUGGAGCUGAGGGACCUUUAUAAACAACUGUAUGACCUUGGUGGACCCAGUAAAAAAUAAGACAAUACUUUUAAUGGUUUCCUUGUACAAAUGUUUUAAUAAUUUCUGAAUAGAACAUUGACAGUAGUAAAUAAAUAUUGACUAGAUUA